CAUUAAACAAAUUAUCAUAAAUAAAAUAUCUGUGAGACGAAACAGUCUUGUUUAAAUAAAUAAAAAUCUUUUAAACCAAGUCAUCGUCUACAACUUCAGAAGUGGGCCAGCCCUAAAUACCUUCAACGUUUUAUUUAAUUUUCCGAAAUUUUGAUAUUAUGUCAUCAACAAUGAAGAAGCAAGAAUUGGUAGCUUGGUUAACCGAGCGAAACAUACAAUUUGCAGCAGAUGCAAAAGUUGCUCAACUACGUGAGCUUUAUGAAGAAAAUUGUGAAGACAAUUAUUCCGAAGACCAUUUCCUCGAAGCAGAAAAUAUUGAACGUCCUGGUAAGACAAUAAAUUCUGAUUUGUCACAACAGAUUCAAGAAUCCGUUCCUGGAAAUGAAGCUGAGAUGGAUAAAGAAAUUCAGAUGAUUGAAAAGAAACUUAAGCUUAUUGAAUUGCGUCGUGAACUAGCUCGACAAGAAGAAAAUUUUGCAAGUUCGUCGUCGCUUUCGUAUCAACCUUCGUUUAAGGACAUUCAAUAUUCCUUACCAUUGUUUUCUGGUGAUGAUACUUACGAUGCUAAGAAAUGGAUCAGCACUUUUGAGCGAGCAUGUGAUUCCGUUCACGGUGAUAGUGUGUUCAAAUUAAAAAGCAUUCGCCGAUUGAUGAAGCCCGACUCCGCUGCCGAAAUAUUCUUACAAAUUGACGAAUCAAGUACCUAUUCUGAUUUCCGGAGCAAUUUUUUGGCCAAUUUUGGACACACUUAUUCAGUUUCCGACAUUAUUGAUAAGAUGCGAAGUACUCCAUUUGUGUCUUCAAACACAUCUAUUAUGGGCUACAUUUUAAAAAUGCAAGAGCUUGCAUCACGUGCUGAUAUUGACGAGAAACAAAUUAUUCAAUUUAUCAUUGAUGGGUUCCAAGAUCGUUCCGCUAGCAUCGCCAUAUUGUACUCAGCACGCACAAUCGAUGAAUUAAAAAAACUGGCACACCGUUAUGCUCAACUACGAGGAUCAAAUUCAGCAGUUAACAGACCGAAAAAUUCCGCAUCAUAUUCAGCGCAAGUUGCUCAGCAUCAAAAUGAAUCGAAACCUAAAGUCAAGUUUUCCGUUGGUGACUCCGAAAAAAUGCUUGUUCAAUGCUACAAUUGCUCUGGCAUGGGACAUUUUUCCACUUCUUGUCCACAUCCCAAACGUCAAAAAGGAUCAUGCUUCAGAUGUGGUUCAACAGUUCAUAUUCUGAAGGAUUGCCCGAAGUUACCCCCCAAAAAUGCACGCACUAUUGCAUUGAUUGAAGAAUUCUGUUCCGGCCCUAAUCAAGACCAUUCUGAUGUGGAUGCCUUAUCCGAUGUCAAGAUUUGUAAAGAAGUAAAUUCUUCCGAUAAGUUUAAUUAAGCUUUCCGAGAUUCCGAUCGGAUUACAUUGCAAUAAGCUGAGACCAACUGGAUACUACGGAGUAGGUAGUUUACCUGUUAGUACAU